AGAAGCAAAAAUGUAGAAGUCAUUGUUAGAAAAAUCAUCCGGUGAAACCCCAACAUAUCUAGUACUCUAAUUUCUUUAUUAAACACUUGAAGGCAGCAGCUAGGUUCUUUUUUUAAAUCAAUUCAGGCUUUGAUCUUAUAUAAAAGUAAUAAUGACUGGCAGUUAAUUUUACUUUUUGACAAAAUGGAAACUUGGUUCCUUGUCAUCUCUGCACUUUGCAUAUCUGCAAUCCUCAAAGCCUUCUUUAACCUCAUCGUCCCGUCCCAAAUACCAGGCGCCAAGCUCCCCCCAGGGCCUCCUAAAUUUCCCAUCAUUGGCAACUUCUUAUGGCUUCACAGGUACGAAUCCUUCUCGGAUCUUGGUCCAAUCCUUCGAAGUCUCAUCCCAAAGUUUGGUCCCAUGGUAACUCUCCAUGUCACCUCUUAUCUUACCAUCUUUGUUUCUGAUCGCUCCGUUGCACACCAGGCCCUAAUUGAGAAUAGUUCUGUUUUUGCUGAUCGACCACCGGCACUUACAAUUGGGAAAAUAAUUAGUAGAAACCAACAUAAUAUUGGUUCUGCUGCCUAUGGCCCUACUUGGCGUAUUCUGCGAAGAAACCUGACGGUGGAAAUUCUUAAUCCUUCUCGGGUAAAUUCUUACUCUCAAGCUCGGAUAAGGGUCUUGCAUAUGCUCAAGGAGCAGCUGAUCAAGUCACAAAAUACUGGUGAUUCUAUCCGUGUGGUGGACUAUUUUAGACAUGCCAUGUUUUGCUUACUAGGCCUCAUGUGUUUUGGAGCUCAGCUUGAUGAAAACCAGAUUAAAAAAGUUGAGGUAGUUCAAAGGGACUUGCUGUCGAAUAUCCAUAGGUUUGAUAUACUAAACUUCUGGCCAAGGGUGACAAAGAUUUUGUUUUAUAGGCUUUGGAAGGAGUUCUUGCAAAUUCAACGAAAUCGAGAUGAUGUUUUUAUCCCAUUAAUAAGAGCACGAAAGAAGUCAAAGGAAGAGAACUUAAUCAACAAGAUGAAAGAGGAUAAAGAAAGGAAAGAAGAUGAUGAUUUCAUUUUAUCAUAUAUUGAUACUUUGUUGGAUUUACAACUUCCUGAGACGAAGAGGAAACUUGAUGAAGGGGAAAUUGUGGCUUUGUGCGCUGAAUUUCUUAAUGCUGGCACGGAUCCUACAACCACAGCAUUGGAAUGGAUUAUGGCAAAUUUGGUCAAGUACCCACAUGUUCAAGAAAAGCUGUAUAUGGAGAUUAAGGGGGUUGUGGGGGAUGCAGCUGUAGAGGUCAAAGAAGAUGAUUUGAAUAAGAUGCCUUAUCUAAAAGCGGUGGUUUUGGAAGGUCUAAGGCGUCACCCUCCUGCACACUUUUUGUUCCAUGGAGUGACAAAAGAUGUAAUUUUGAACGACUUUUUAGUGCCUAGAAAGGCUAUUAUAGUUUUCUUCAUUGAAGAGAUGGGAUUGGACUCCAAGAUUUGGGAAGAUCCCUUGGCAUUCAAUCCGGAAAGGUUUCUACAUGGUGAGGAAGAGGUUGACUUAACAGGUAGGACGGAGAUUAAGAUGAUACCAUUCGGUGCAGGAAGGAGGAUAUGUCCAGCUCAUAGUUUGGCCAUGCUUCAUUUAGAGUAUUUUGUAGCCAAUUUAGUUUGGUUUUCUAAGUGGAAGGCCAAGGAUGGAGAGGACGUUGAUUUGUCAGAGAAAAAGGAACUUACAUUUGUGAUGAAAAAUCCAUUGCAAGCUUGCAUUUAUAGCUGGCCUAGGCUAGGCAUGGUUGGCUGAUUAUACGCUUAAUGCCUGUGUGGUUGGUUGAGUUGGUAAAGAUGAAAUAUUACGCUCGAUUUCGCCUAUCAAUAGUCUCCUUGUAAAUCUAAUCUAAGUCCUUUAUGAAACGUGCGAUCUGUUUUGAUCUUGAAAUGGAGAAACCUCCCCUCACCUUAAAUUUUUUAGCACAAAAUAUAUAUGAAUUUAGCUUUUGGAAAUGCAUCUCUUGCAGAAACUUGUUAAUGUUUAUCAGGAAAUUUUACAUAGUCUUGACAGGCCAAUACAGAGAAGCUGCUACAAGCCCUCCCUCCCUUCAAAUUUUGUCACAGAAUGCCUUAACCUGCAUGUCAUGCCAUUGAGUUUCCGAUUGUUUUGUGCUGUUUGUGCUUUUCUAUUGGAUCGGAUAAGGUUGCCAUAUGUUGAUUUAGCAUGUGUGCAUAUAUAUUUAAUUGCCCGCAAGACGUAUGCACUUUUCCUUUAGUUUGUUUUCAUUAGUUUGUUUAUUCA